GCUGCUACAGAUGGCGCAACAUGACCUGCGCAACAAGUAGCCGCAGCGGCAUCGUCACCUACCUUGUCCUGCUUCCGUUUCCGGGAGCCUCGCUUGUGUUUUGCUGUUUGCCCGCGAUGGGCGAGGCAGUCAAGCCAUUGCCGCUGGAGUGAUCAGUCGGUCUGUUAAAUGUAACCUUAACCCGCAUUAAACCGUUACCCUACUAUGCGAGUCUUCCUGCGUUCAGCCUAAGCCUCACAUCUGGCGCAGUCGACCCCGAACCUCUGCCAAGCCAUUCAGCCACGGCAGCGCAAGAACGACGGUCAGUACGCCUCUUCAGCGCCGCAUUCGUCAUUGUAGUCGCGCCCUCACGCCGCCGAAGACUCACGCCUGAAGAUACUUCUGCCAUUUUACCGCUCGUCUGUGUUCACUCCGCAUCAGAAGAAAAGCACGGCCGUCAGAUGAAGAGUGCCGUGAAAGUUCACAACUAGCCCGGAACUAACUUGAAUCCCGCGCACAACCUGUGGCUUAGCGCUCACUCGCCUAGUCUCCCGUGCGCCCAGCCUCGCUUUGCGGUGCAUCAUGCCAGGAAUUAUUUGGGAGGAGCUUGACUCAACGACCAUGUCGCGGCUCGGAGUCGACCUUAUCCGCGAUGAAUUGGCCCGACGCGAGUUAGAGAGCACCGGCUCUAAGGAAGAGCUCAUUCAGCGCCUCGAAGCCGACAUUCACCAACGUCGUGAAGCAACGCCACGGUCAAGCGUGGAGAGGGCGGGUACCGCCGGCAACUCAGGCUUGACCCUUGAUACCGCGACGCUCGAAAGUCUGGCACUUCUGUUUCAACAGCUGCCACGCCCCUCGACUACAGUUACCACACUGCCAGACCUGUCGUCAUCGAUUGCGUACUUCGAUCAGUCUCCAGCACAAAAUGUUAAUGUCUGGCUCAAUGACGUCCGCCGGGUACAGCAGCUUGCCGCAUGGGACGACGCCACCACCCGUCUCAUUGCCGCAAGUAAACUGAAAGGCACAGCUCGUAAUUGGCACCUCGCUUUUGGAAAUCACCAUUCAACCUGGGAAACAUGGAGCGCCGCCCUGAAGGAAACAUUUUCAUCGGAGCUGACCCUCAUCGAAUGGCAGGAACGCGUCAUAAAGAUCAGACAGGGCCCAGGUGAGAGCCUACAAGACUACGCUUACGCAAAGCUGCGUGUGGUUGAAAGCUGCCCCGUCACCCUUACCGACGCCCAGAAGAUUGAUUACCUACUACAAGGUCUUCAAGAACCACAUGUCAUUGCGGCCAUCGCGGCUAAUAGGCCGUUAACAGUGCGUGACUUCAUGUCCACGUGCACAAGCCUAGACAAGUGCACUCAACGUGCCCAUGACAGGGCAAGCGUAAAACAGCCGCUGCUUCCACAGAAGCCACCCCCUCGUUCAUUUCAAAGUGGCAAUUCAGGACGUCAGCAAUAUAACUAUCAGCCACCAGCUCCGCCAACAGCUACAACAGCACAGCCAAGACAGCGCAUUUCCGAGUUGCCUAAGGAACAACAGGAACGAAGAUACGAAGCCAUUUCUGCGCAGUAUGGGGCCCCAGCAUUCCGGAGCGGCCAAGACAUCGCACAAGCAACUUGUUACAAGUGCAAAGAGUUAGGGCAUUUGGCGUCGGCAUGUCCCUCGCGUAGCAACAGGGCACCACCGUCAACCAUCCCUGAUGCCCAGCAGCCACGGGCCUUUCACAGUAUGCCUGAAAAACUUGAAGGCUCCCAACAUCAAUGUCCAUUUUUCACGGCGGCUAUUGCAGGAGUCGGAGAACAUGAAGCAUAUCCGGACUCUGGCUCGAACGUGACAUUGAUUUCUAAAGCCAUCCUACCUUCCGCAAUGAUCUUGCCAUGGACUAAUUUCCCUCUUGCCGUCGUUGGAGGUGGUACAGCGCUACCAGUUGGGUCCGCCCUCCUUAAGAUAACUAUUGGCCCUAUCACUGGUGUGGUUGAGGCAGCAGUUUUAGAGAACAACGUCCUACCCCUUAUUCUGGGUGAAGACUGGUUUUUGGCAGCGCGAGCCCGCUUGAUCUUCCAGCCACCAGAGCCCACUCAGCUACAACAUCCAGCCACGGGUGUAACGCUUCUAGCUACUCAGCGUCUGGUCCCGCGAAUGGCCAAUGCCGUCAUUUUAGCCCGCUCAAAACUUUUUGCGCCGGCAGAAGCAACGUUACAAGACUGUCUACAACGAGAACCCUUACCUUCGCCAGAAGAGCCUCCCUGGCAAGUUUUGGCGGUGAAGACAGUGCCGCUGGAAAGCAGCACUGCCACACAAGUCUGCACUACGGUGCCUGUGACCAUCCACCCCGAACUUCCACCAGCCAGCCUAGGCAGCCAGCUCUCCCCUGAACAGCAAACUGUCAUUGCUGACAUACUGGCCAAGAACAAUGCCGUCUUUUCUCGCCAUGAAGAUGACAUCGGUCAUUUUACUGACACUCAGCAUCGCAUUGAUUUGCUGCCCAAUACCGUGCCGUACAGCCGCAGCCCUUACAGAUAUACGCUAGAAGACAGGCAAUUCCUCGAAAGGCAAAUUAAAAAGCUUCUUGCUCAAAAUAUCAUCCUCCCUGCAUCUGGCCCGUGGGCAUUCCCAGUCGUUGUGGUGUCUCGCAGUGGAAAGAAACGCUUGUGUGUGAAUUACAUUCCACUUAAUGAACGUACAAUCAAGGUUGUGCACCCCCUACCUCUGGUGGAUGACAUCAUUCAGGACAUCGCUGGCUGCGCCUACUUCGCCACAAUGGACAUUAAGUGCGCCUACUGGCAAGUCAGCCUGAGACCCCAGGACUAUGAGAAAACCGCAUUCAUCACCCACCACGGAACUUACAUGUGGACCCGAAUGCCAUUCGGAUUAAAGAAUGCGCCUAUCGCAACUCCCCGAAACCAAAAGGAAGUCCUUUCCUGGAUACAGACAGCCAGCUUUUACCGUCGAUUCAUCAAGGGCUUCGCUAAAGUGGUAGCCCCUCUUCAAGCCCUUGUCAAGUCGUCCACAUUUCUGUGGUCCCCAGAAUGCGAAAGUGCCUUCCAAGCUAUUCGCUCAGCCCUUACAAAGCCACCGCUACUUGCUCAUUUCAGUCAAUAUGCAGCAACAACAGUAACCACUGAUGCUUCUGGUGACGCCAUAGGAGCAGUGUUGUCACAAUAUCAGGAUGGCAAAGAACGUGUUAUUGCCUAUGCUAGCCGAUCCCUGACGCUAGACGAACGCAAGCUUCACAGUAACGUGUGGGAAGGCAUCGCAGAAAAAGAUUCCACCCUGCGGAACCUAAGGCCAGACGCGAAAGAAGGUGUGGCCAAGCAGAACGUAAGGUUCCUCAAGAGGGCAGGCGUCCUCUAUAGAAAGUACACCAGUUGA